AAAGUAAAAUACGUGUUCAUCUUCUCAACACGAUUGUUAGUCAGUCAGCCAGUGAGUGCACUACCAGGCGUUUUUAACACGUCAGCUUGAUGGUUUUAGCGAAAACAACGAGGUGUCCUUUCAUAGAGCUGCCGAACAGCAUAGAAAGACAUGAAAAUAGAGCUUACAAUUAUCUUAUUCUUUUAAUAAACAGCACUUGAAAGUAAUACGUGUUAAUAGCAGCCUGUUACUGCUGUCAUUUUUCUUUUUUUUACCCCGGUGUUUAUACUGUACUGUAGAUGACGUAGUGUUUUGUUGAUUUCUCAACUAGACCAUUUUUAAGUACAGUCUGUAUUGUUCCACAUUUGAGUUGUGACACAGGAAGUGAGAACCGGUCUGCUCUAUAACCAGUACAAGCGAAUGUAAUUAUUCUGCUUCAUAUGCUCUCACUUGGGUACACAAUGUGCUUGAAAGUAGAACGUGCGCUUUUUUUUCUUACUUUUUUUUUUAUAACGGCACACGGUUUUCUGUUAGUGUCAACACCCGAACUACAGUAUGACUCACUAACAAUCCAGUUCUGAGCAACAAAGUCCUCAGCUGGAGAAAUGGCGUUCAGGAGUAAGCAGUAGGAUAGGCUGUAGAGUAGAGAAUAUGUAGUGCACUGGAUUUAGCCAUUAACACUGUUUGUAAAUUUCAUGAAAAGGCAUUUUCCACGAAGGAACAGAAGCAGCACGUAGCGCACGCACCACUCUUUAAUGACCUUUGAGCACGAGCACACGCGGUCGUAUAUCCUACUGACUCGGGUUUGAUAUAUACAGGAAGGUGCCCAAAGACCUCACCCAGCCCACAUACACUGGAGCCUUCAUCUCGAUCUGCUGCUGCGUCUUCAUGCUCUUCCUCUUCCUCUCCGAGCUGACGGGAUUCAUAGCCACAGAAAUAGUGAAUGAACUGUAUGUGGAUGACCCAGAUAAAGACAGUGGAGGGAAGAUUGAAGUGAGUUUAAACAUCAGUUUGCCAAACUUACACUGUGAUUUGGUGGGGUUGGACAUCCAAGAUGAAAUGGGCCGUCAUGAAGUCGGCCACAUAGAAAACUCCAUGAAGGUGCCACUCAACAACGGUUACGGCUGUCGCUUCGAGGGUGAAUUCAGCAUUAAUAAAGUCCCUGGAAACUUCCACGUCUCCACACACAGCGCCACAGCGCAGCCGCAGAACCCCGACAUGACCCACAUCAUUCAUAAACUCGCCUUCGGGGACAAGCUUCAGGUGCAAAAUGUCCAAGGUGCUUUCAACGCCCUCGGCGGGGCCAACAAACUCGAGUCUAAUGCGCUGGCAUCCCACGAUUACAUCCUCAAGAUUGUUCCCACUGUGUACGAGGACUUGUCUGGAAAGCAGAAGUUCUCCUAUCAGUACACUGUUGCCAACAAGGAAUACGUGGCUUACAGUCACACAGGCCGUAUCAUCCCAGCCAUUUGGUUCCGUUACGAUUUGAGUCCAAUCACAGUGAAAUACACCGAGAGGAGACAGCCGCUCUACCGCUUCAUCACAACUAUCUGUGCCAUUAUCGGUGGGACAUUCACAGUCGCUGGCAUCAUUGACUCCUGUAUAUUCACAGCUUCUGAAGCAUGGAAGAAAAUCCAAAUAGGCAAGAUGUCCUGAGUGUCCGUCUCAUUUCCUAGACAUCUUAUUUAUACCCCGCUGACUGUCCACACCUGCCCCGGUGUAUUCCACUACGAGUUCCCUUUUAAGAAAAGUAUUUUUACAUUAUGCCGUUUCAAACCAUCUGGUUGGUGUUACCUAGAUUAAAAGAAUGCUGGUUUUGUUUUUACUAUGAUGUACUUUUUGCAUCUUUUCUAGAAUUAUUCUUUAACUGUAUUUUUGUAAAUUGUGCCGUGUGUGACGUUCUGUUUUUGCUUGUCCACACCUGGUAACGUAUCAUAACUUAGCAUAGAUUGUGCACAUUUACAGUAUGUCAAACAGUGUAGUGAUCAGUGAGUGUAUUAUGUUGUAUUGAAGACAGAAUCCUGUAGCCAGGACUUCUAGGUUUGUUUUAUUAAUUGCACAGAGAUAAAGGAGAUAGUGUUCGGCUACAUGAACUGUUGUGGGUGGUGUUUGGAAUUGCAUGAAAUACUGAAAUGUUCAAUGUCAAAAUCAUGUUGGUGUUUACUUAGGCCUGUUGUGCCUUAGUGUUUUAACCUGACAGACCUCAGUUGGUGGAGGUAAACCUGUUCUAGAUAUUUGUUUUUAUAGAUGGUCGAUUUGUUAGUGAGAGGAUGAUAGGAAACCUAGCUUCGAUGGUACUUUGCAGUUGUUUUAAAAAUUUUAAGUCAGUCAUUUGCGUAAGGGAAAUGAUCAUUGUUUUUGCCCACCAAAAAGAUUUUAAAUGAAGUAUAUGGAUAUUACUUUGUAAUGUGUUUUUUUAAAAACUAGUUUCUGUUCAGUUCAUGCUGUUUACAGCACUGUAUGGGAAAAAUAGCUUUGUUUGUUUACUGCCUGUCAAGUGAUGACCUGGAACAAGGAAAUAACUGAUCCUGGCUCUGAUUAAUAGAAAUGCUUAAUGAUUAAUAUUAAUCAUUUCUGAUCAAUAGAAAUGAACUUGAAAUUGUAGCAAAUGAUUGGGUGGAGCCUUUUUCUUUUCUUUUCUUUAAAUGAUAUGUAGCAGUGUGUUUGAAGUACACAUGACAACUUGGGCAUAUAUUGUAAAAGGCUGGAAAAUCACCACCACUGUUCAUUCAGCAGCAAUGCAACUAAACUAAAACAAUGGAAGGAAGGUCUAUACAACAAACCGUGCCAAAUUGCUAUACAUUCAUCAUUUUUUUUUAAUUAUUGUUUGACGGAAACACAAUUUCCACCAUGAUCAUUUAUUUUUAAAAGCAUGUUGCUGUGUGGACUUCUGCCCCUGUGAUAUGCCCAGGUUUUAUUUACUUUGGUCAGAUAAAAAUCACAUAAACAAC